AUGAUUGGGAGCAGGGGCUUUGUGUUUACGAGGGGCAUCUCCACCUCCGUUCCCCGACGCGCUGUGUACAACAACAUCACAGAGGCCAUCGGCAAAACCCCCGUGAUCAAGGUGAACCGGCUGGCGCCCGCCGGCAUCAACCUCUACGUGAAGUGCGAGUACUUCAACCCCCUGAGCUCCGUGAAGGAUCGGCUUGCCAUUGCCAUCAUCGAGGACGCUGAGCAGAGGGGAGAGCUGAAGCCUGGCGGCACGGUCGUGGAGGCUACAAGUGGCAACACCGGCAUCGCACUAGCAAUGGUCUGUGCCCAGCGAGGGUACAAGUUCGUCUCCACCAUGGCGGCCUCCUUCUCGGUGGAGCGACGGAAGGUGAUGAGGAUGCUGGGUGCGAAAGUCGUUGUGACGCCGGCACCGUUGGGUGGCACUGGCAUGGUGCUCAAAGCCGAGGAGUUGGCUGAGAAACAUGGCUGGUAUCUGGCUCGGCAGUUUGAAAACGAGGCGAAUCCUGCCUACCACGCCAAGACAACUGGGCCCGAGAUCCUCGCGGACUUCGAGGGUAAGACCUUGGACUACUGGGUGACAGGCUAUGGGACGGGCGGCACCUUCCAAGGAGCAGGCAAAGUGCUGAAGGAGGCACGUCCUGGCCUGAAGAUCAUCCUCUCCGAGCCCAAGGGCGCAGCAUUGAUCAGCAGUGGCAUCAAGCAGGAGAGGAAGGAGGUUCUGGGAAAAUUCGGUGCACCGGCGAAGGGGCACCCGGCCUGGAAUCCUCAUCCUAUCCAGGGAUGGACACCGAACUUCAUUCCGAAAGUGACGGAGGAUGGUCUGGAGAUGAAGGUCCACGAUGAGGUCCUUACCGUCGACCCGCAGGAGGCCAUGAAGACCUCGCACGCUUUGGCAAGGAUGGAGGGCAUCUUCUGCGGGACCUCCGGUGGGGCCACCGUGGCAACAGCACUGGAGGCGAGUCUGAAAUACAAGUGUGCGGCGCUUGGCUGGACGAACCCAUGGCUCCACAACUGCGCAGCCGUGAGUGAUGGCACGCAGGCUCCUCGCCUUCGCCCCGCGGUUUCGGUCCCGGCCAUGCUCGCUGCCAAGCAGGCGGCUGUGGCCGCAGCCCUGGUGGCUGCGCUCCACGCGGCGCUGAGCUUCGUAGGCCCGGCACGCACGAAUGCUGGCGCUGGGGCGUCCCUGCGAGGCGCCGUCCGACCCGAGACGAGCACAGUUUCUGAUGGCCAGGGCCUGGGGCUUUCUGCUGGGAGUCUGGCUGCCGUGGCGCUUGCCGGUGCAGUGGCCGUGCGAGCUCGCAAGUCCACAGCGCUGCGAGCCACCAGGGUGGAGUGGUUCAGGAAGGUGAAGCGCAUCAGUGGAGAUCGUGCGGUGUUCGAUGUCUCCAUCCCGAAGCCACUGGGCUUGGCGUUGGAGGCCUUCCCUGAUGGCCGAGGCGUGGGCAUCAGUUCUAUCACCCCGGAGAGCAAUGCGGACCAGCUCAACAGGAAGGUCUGCAUCACCGAGGAGGACAAUGGUAUGUGGAUCUUGGAGGGUGACAGAGUCAUCGGUGUCAACGGCACGGAGACCGUUGAUUCCACGGUCGAGGACAUCGCAAAGUUGGUAGGGGAGUCCGAGGGCGACUCGGUGACCCUGACGCUGGUGCGCAACACUCGAAACGGCCCCAUCAAGGUGGUGAUCAUGCCAGACAAGAAGUUUGCGACUGUCCGCCGGAAUGCGAGGCUGUCCUCUGCUGUGGAGUUCGCCCUCGGCAGGGAGAUUAAGUACGGUUGCAUUGAUGGAUGGUGUGGCACCUGCUGGCACCGUGAGCGUACGACGGGGUGGCUUUUCAAGCCGUGCUCCGACAUGAUCACCUCAGAUUGGGACAACGUCAUGCCCAUGGUGCUCUUUCCGAAGCCAGAGAAGGCCGGUGAUGCGACGCUUCUGCAGCCCCGCGGCGCCUGA